GCGUGUGUGUGUUGGGGAGGGGUGGUAUAAAGGGCUGUCCUGCCAGCCUUCAUUUCUCACAGCAAACACAGACAGCCACCUGGAGUGGAAACAACUGCCCUUACCUUCUGUGUUUGAUGGCAGUCAGUGGAUAGAAAGGAGAUGUUGGACACUCUGUACCAGUGGUUCUGGUGGGACAAACUGUGGCUGCCAGCUGAGCUGUCCUGGGCCGACUUGGAAGACAAGGAGGGUCGGGUCUAUGCCAAAGCCUCCCAUCUCUAUGUCACAGUCCCCUACGCCUUCAGCUUUUUACUGGUCAGAUACCUGUUUGAAAGGUGGAUAGCAACACCACUCGCAGUCUCUGCAGGAAUCAGACAUCGAGUCCAUCUGAAAGUAGAACACAACCCCAUCCUGGAGAACUACUACAGCACUCAUAGUAGAAAUCCACUUCAGGCUGAUAUUAAUGGGCUGUCUAAGAAAAGCAGUUUGCCUGUCAGGCAAAUUGAACGCUGGUUCAGAAGAAGACGGAGGCAGGACCAUCCUGGAGUCCUAAAGAAAUUCAGAGAGGCCAGUUGGAGGUUUGUCUUUUACCUGUCAGCAUUUAUAGGAGGAAUCGCAGCACUUUAUGAUAAAGAGUGGCUGUAUGACUCUAGACAAGUAUGGACAGGUUAUCCAAAGCAGUCCAUGCUGGAUUCUCAGUACUGGUAUUACAUCCUGGAGAUGAGCUUUUAUGGCUGUCUUCUCUGCAGCGUUGCUUUUGAUGUCAAGAGAAAGGACUUCAAGGAGCAGAUCAUCCAUCAUUUGGCCACUCUGGUCCUUCUGUCAUUUUCCUGGUGUGCAAAUUUCAUCCGAGUAGGAACCCUGGUCAUGCUGGUCCAUGAUGCUUCUGAUAUUUUACUGGAGUCUGCCAAAUUAUUCAACUAUGCAAAAUGGGAGAAAACCAGCCAUGGUCUUUUUGUUGCGUUUGCCAUUGUGUUUAUGGUAACACGACUGAUCAUCUUUCCGUUUUGGUUGAUCCACUGUACCUGGGUCUACCCGGUUCAUCACUACCCAGCCUUUUUUGGCUACUACUUCUUCAAUGUGAUGCUUGUGGUUCUUCUCUUCCUCCACAUAUUUUGGGCCUACCUCAUCUUCCGCAUGAUCAGGAAGUUUCUGUUUGGCACACUAACAAGAGAUGAGAGAAGUGACAAUGAGGAGGAGGAAGAACAAGAGAGCAGCCUAACAGAGGAUGGAGAUGUUCAACAACACAAGCCCUUCAAUGGACUGUCAAGAGAUGCAGCCAGUGAGAAGAACGGAUGCUUCGGUUUGUCUCCGCCAGAGAAGACCUGCUUAUCAAGACUAUGUCAUGAGCUGGCUCAGUGUAACCAGUAAACAUGGAGAUGUGACAAAAAGAGUAGAGCUGAUGGAAAAACAAAUCACAAUUGAUUGUAUGUUUGUUAUUUUUACAGAUACUGAAGUAAAAUAAAAAACCCUUACUUCUCAAGUGGUAUAAUGAGCAAUGUGGGAAACAGAGACUUUUUCCCCUUGUGUUCUGUUUGUUUUUAUUUGGGUUAAGUUUCAUAACUCAUGAAUACAUAACCAGCUGACCUGCAAUAUAACUGGAACAUUUCCAUGAGUUUUGUGAUGCUGAUACUAAUGUGGAGCAGGUCAGUUUGCCUGUUUAUGUCCCAUCCUAAUUCUGUUUAGUACACAUGUGCUUCAUCAUUGUGCAUCAGUUUGUUUUUCUAGGUGUCAAAUAUGUUCAAGAAUUUAACACUAUGCUCUCAUGAAGACUUUAUAUCUCAUUUCUACUGACUGUGGUUCUGAACCCUGGUUAAGUCAGUGGAUUCUGGAUUGUCAGCACAUAAAAUUAGAUAUGAAACCACCAAAACUGCAAAUGUACAAAAUGGCAAAGAGCAAAAUACCCAGGAUGUAUAGAAAGACUGCAUUCAGUAGAAAUGGUCACAUUUUACAAUAACUGUUUAAAAAUGAAAUAAUUACAUUUUAAAACCUACAAUCAAAA